CAUUUCAAGUUCGAUUCCUUAAAAUUCGCAUUCUUUUUCAUCGUGUUCCGCCAUCGUUAAUUGCAGUUGAACAUCCAUCUUGUCGUAUAAGGAGAGGUAUCUAGAUGUGUUGUUGUUGUGUUGGUUUUGCUGAUACAACUUCUUUGAGAUUGUCUUCCUUCUUGGUUUGGGAGUAUAGGUGUAAUUUCUGAACAGGAAUGAGUGACCUAUGCUCUCCAAUGAUAAUUCUUCUUGAUGAUGAAUCAGACGCAUUUUGGUGCUUUGAACGCCUAAUGCGUAGAUAUCGAGGAAAUUUCAGAUGCAUUGGUCGCACUCUCGGGGUGGAGGCUCAAUGUUGGUUGAAGAAACAAAAGGACAGCUUAGCUCCUGAGCGGCAAGACGAAGCACCUCUUGGGGAGAAAAUUAGUUGGACUUCUGGUCUCAUCUUUGGAAAAGGCGAGGCUUCAUAUUACAUCUGGAAUCCUGCUAUACAUGAUAUUGUGACAUUUCGGGAUCCAACGCAGCAUUGUGAAGACAACACAGAUGUGAAUUUUAUUAAAAGAGUUGUUGCAAAAGAAGGCAACACUGUUGAGAGGAAUGAUGGUAAUGCAUGUGUAGAUGCUGGAACAAAUAAAGUCAAUGCAACUUCUGUUACAAAACCCAAAAAACCAUUGCUCAAACAUUUGGGACUUCAAAGAAGAACUAGUGGAAGCCUUAAGAAUUGCAAUGUUAAAAAUCUCAAAGGUAGUGGUUCCUCAUCAAAUGUUCCUCUUGUGAUUGAUGAUGAUGCUGAUGCUGAAGCUGAACCUUAUAAGGUUCCAAAUGAGAUGGUGAUCAAAUAGAUGGUGAAGAGCACUUAUUGAUAGUAAAAGUUGGUUUAUACCUAUUAACAAAUGUAACUUAUUAAUAGUUUAACUGAUGCUGAAGCACAUAAUGUACCCAUUUUGAUAGUUUAUGCACACAAUGUGCUUAUUUUGGUACUUUAUGGACUAAAAUUGUGCUUAUUAGGAAAUGUUUGUAAUUUGGUACUUCAUGCACAUAAUGUGCUUAUUUUGAUACUUUUGCACAUAAUGUGCUCAUAUUGAAAUUUUAUGCAGUAAAAUUGUACCUAUUAAGACAUGUCCUAAUCAAGGUGUGCAAAGAGUGCAAAUUCAGACUGAUGCUCUAGUUGUUGCAGAGUGUAUUCUAGGAAAGAGAACAAAUGCUAGUUUAGAGCCUAUUAUUGUUUAUUGUA